GCGGGGCGGGGCGCGCGCAUGCGCGGAGGGAGGCGGCGGGCGCAGCGGAGCCGGGGCUGCCGGGGCUGCGGGCGCCAUGUCGGGCCGCUCGGUGCGCGCCGAGACCCGCAGCCGCGCCAAGGAUGACAUCAAAAAAGUGAUGGCGGCCAUCGAGCGCGUCCGCAGAUGGGAGAAGAAGUGGGUGACGGUGGGCGACACCUCGCUGCGGAUAUUCAAGUGGGUGCCGGUGGCGGACAGCAAGGAGAAAGAGAAAUCCAAGUCGAGUGGCAGCACCGCCCGAGAACCCAAUGGCUUCCCAGCUGACACCUCUGCAAACUCCUCUCUGCUGCUGGAGUUCCAAGGUGCUGUUUCUGCAGAUGAGAACAGCAACCAGAGUUCCCUGUCGGACGUCUACCAGCUGAAGGUGGACAGCAGCCCCAACUCCAGCCCCAGCCCCCAGCAGAGCGAGUCCAUGAGUCCUGCACACACCUCCGACUUCCGCACGGACGACUCGCAGCCUCCCACCCUGGGGCAGGAGACGCUGGAAGAGCCCUCCCUGCCUUCCUCGGAAGUUGCAGACGAGCCUCCCACUCUCACAAAGGAAGAGCCGGUCCCCCUUGAGACUCAGGUGACUGAGGAGGAGGAGGACUCGGGUGCGCCGCCCCUGAAGAGAUUUUGUGCCGAUCAGAACUCUGCGUGCCACACGGCCUCGGAGAGCUAGCCUGCCCGCCCGGACAGCGCUUCGCCAGCCCCUCGCAGAGCCGCUGCCCUCCCCGGGGGCCCGGGGUGCCUCCCCCAGCCCGCCCCUGCCCGGGGGACGGGCGCUCCCCUGCUUGCCCCCCAGCCUGCCCUGCCCUGCCUGCUCUCGGGGGCAGGAGCCCGCGUUCCCUGCCGGAGGGGGCUGCCACCGGUACCUGCAAAUUUGCUUCUAUUUAUUGGCUCCUUCUCUCCCUGCUGACCUGUCCCGGAGCGGGGGGGUGUCCCAUGCAGGAGAGGUUGUCUGGGGGGGCUCCGUGGCCCCCCGGCCCCUGGCAGAUGCUGUUUGCCUCCCCUGCCCCCCUUCCCCGAGGUGCUGGGAGCGGGAGAGCCCCCCUCCACGGUGUGAUUUGUCUGCUCCCUUCGGAGCAGAGGCGGGAGGUGGGAUGGGGGUGGCGGGGGAAGCCCGAGUCUGCCCUGCAGCGGCUGGACGCGCUGGGACGCCGUGCAAUAAGGUGCUAAUUAAAGCCAUUAGUGUCGGGAGGGACGGGAGCGCACCCCCCGCGGGGGCAGGGACCGGCUGGGCCCACAGCCCCUCCUGCGCCCCGGGGACCCCCGCCCCGUUCCCGGGAAGGAUGCGCGGGGCGCCGCCCCCCCCCCAGGAAGCGCCCCCGGCCCGGGGCUCUGCCCCCCACCCCCGAGCUCCCGCUGCCCCCCCCGGCCCCGCCGCCCCGGCCCCCCCCGCCGCCACUGCAUGUCCCGCCGAGUCUGUGAUCGAGCCUGGCGAAGCCGAAGGCGCGGCCGCGCGUGGAAGUGGAAAGUUAUUUUAGCACUGAAUAGAAUAUUUUUAAAAUUAAACUAUUUGAAAUACA